UACAUAAACAAACACGUGGCAUUGUGAUUGUAACAAAUACCUACCAGUACAUAGGCAUAGUGCAGAGGUAACACAAUACCAAAAUUCUUCUGCAACUUUUUCUUCUUACAUUCAUGGCUAAUCCUUUUUCGUCUUCUUCAUCAUGUUCCUUGUUGAACUUGAAACAGCAUUUCAUUGUUAGCUUUCUCUUUGUCACCUUUACCAUAACUUCACAUGUGAAUGGAUGUUUCACAUCAAUCUUCAGCUUUGGUGAUUCCCUAGCUGACACCGGAAACUUACUUCAAAUUUCACUUUCAGAAUCCAGCAAGCUUCCUCAAAGUGCUUUCCCUCCAUAUGGACGGACCUUUUUUCAUCAUCCAACAGGGCGAUGCUCUGAUGGCCGGCUGGUUAUAGAUUUCAUUGCUGAGGAUUUUGGAUUACCGUUUUUACCACCAUAUUUUGGAGGUGAAAAUGGAAGACCAAAUAACUUUCAGAAGGGUGUGAAUUUUGCUGUGGAGGGUGCUACCGCACUUGAUGAUGAGAUUCUCAAAGAAAGAGGAAUCACUAAUCCGAACACAAACGUUACUUUGGGAGUCGAAUUGGGGUUUUUCAGAGAUGUUUUAUCAUCUCUCUGCUCAUCUUCUUCAGAUUGCAGAAAGCUCCUUAGCAACUCUUUGAUUGUUAUGGGAGAGAUCGGAGGAAAUGAUUACAAUUUCGCAUUCGAGGAAGGGAAAAGCAAUGAGGAGACUCGAGAGCUUGUUCCUCUAGUUAUUGAUACCAUAGCUUCAGCAAUCCAUGAGUUGAUUGAGUUAGGGGCAGUCACAUUUUUGGUCCCUGGAAACCUACCAAUUGGAUGCCUCCCAUCAUAUCUGACAAACUAUCAGGGUUCAGAUGAGGAAGAAUAUGAUCCCUUAACCGGUUGUCUAACAUGGCUGAACCAGUUCUCUGAGUACCACAAUCAAUUGCUUCAGGAAGAACUUGCUAGAAUCCAAGAGAUUCAUCCCCAUGUCAACAUUUUUUAUGCAGAUUAUUACAGUGCUGCAAUUCGUUUCUACCUUUCUCCAAAGCAAUUUGGGUUUAGAAAAGAAACUCAGAGAAAAGCAUGCUGCGGAGGGGGAGGUCCGUACAAUUUCAACUUGUCGGCAGUUUGUGGUUAUCCGCUGGUAACAUCCUGCUGUGAUGACCCUUCUUCGUAUGUAAGCUGGGAUGGUAUACAUUAUACAGAAGCAGCCAACAGAUUGCUUUCGAGGGCCAUAUUAGAUGGACUACACACUAAUUUUCCCAUUUCAAAUAGCUUGUUUCAGUCAUUUACUGUACACAACAAACAUAGCAAUAGUUGAGGGCAGAAAUUGAGAAUCUUAAUUUUAGAAGGUAGGUCAUGGUGUGUUGGAGUUAGGCUCAGUUUGCAAUACUCCUUAAUAUGAAAAGUUUGUUUUCAAUUUAGAAAAGUAGUGCUGUGUGCUAAUUACAUGUCUUUUACUUGGUGAUUAUUUAGUUUCUUUUAUUUGGUGGUUAUUUGGUUUUUCAUGUUAAUCAUAUUUUGACAGUUAAAGUAAAUGUAAGGAACAACUCAUAAACUUAGUGAUGUGACAAUCUUAAGUA